AUGGCCAAAAAGGCUGCCAAGGAAGCGCAGGUUCCAUCCAAGCGCGUCAAUGGUAAGUCACCUCCAGAGGCGACCAGCAAGAAGGGCAAGUCUAAGACUAGUGAGAAGAAGGAGAAAAAGGAGAAGGUGAAGAAUACCAAGGUUGAAACAGCUUCUACCCAUAAAGUGAAGAAGGACAAAGUCAAGACCAAACCCGUUGUGGAGAAAGCUAGCAACCCAAAGACUGGUGGCACCAGCAGCAAGACCAAACAGCCAGAAGCGAAUGUGAAGGGUACCAGUACCAAGAGACCUCCAGCCCUUAGAAAGCCUGAUGCCAAAGACGUCAAGGUGACAAAACGCGACCUGACCGAAGAGUUGGAGAAGGCAUGCACUGGAGACAAGAAGAAACCAGCCGCAGUUUUGAAGACCAAACUUGAAGAGUUGAAAAGACUGGAGGAGGAAGCUAGCUCUUCAAGUGAGGGUGGUUCUGACAGCACAGGUUCCAUGACCGAACACCUUGCAGCACUCCUGAACAAGCCCAAGGCUGCCAAACCUGUGACCAACCAGGAGGAAUCCAGUGAUGCAGAUUCGGAUGAUGAAGGGGGUGACCAUGACGCCUCUGACAAUGGGUCUGAUGACGGGUCCAAUGAUGAGGACAGCGACGAGCCUAGUGGUGAUGAUGACGGCGAAGAUGAAUCAUCUGAGGAAGAUGGGCAGCCUUCCCAACCGGUGACCCCUAUGGCAACCCAGGGCAAUGACAAGGACAAGGACAACAAGGACACGCAGGACAAGGACAACAAGGACACGCAGAGUCUUGCAAUCGUUGCUCAGAAUACCGAAAAGUCAACGGCCCUGGUUCGAAACAGUACGACCAACAAGAAAGAAUGGGACUGCUUCAUCAGGGCCACCCAGAACCGAAAGGCAUUCCCUGCUGAUCUGGCCCCUUACCUGGUCAAAUCAAAAACUGAUUUGUUCGGGGCUUGGUUGGAUGCCAACCGCUCUUGGGACAAGUGCCGGAUGAUCAUGGAGCGCACCCGAAAGUCUUCAAAUGAAAGUCUUAGUGGAUGGAUAGCAGUCAAGGGAUCCCAGCUCGUGAAGGACUACGGGGAAGAAAAGGCCAGGGUCCUCAUGGACCGAAGAACCAAAGAUGGGUUGUACUAUGACAGCGAGGACUUCCCUGAUGACCACUUGGAACGUAUGUACUACAUGCGCAAAGCGCGGGAGGUGACCAAGAAAGAGUUGACUGAGGACCAAACGAGGCUCAGUGGAGAGAUUGAACUUGACGACAACAUGGUUAAAUGCUUGGUGGGAGAGGAUGGUGCCUUUCAAGCAGGGCAGCUACCGAACAUGCAAGUCAGCAACCCAGCUGGGCAGAAAGCUUUGCUGGAAGGUUUGACCGGAGAAGGUGUCCAACAAGCCCCAAAGAAAAGGAGGCAACAGCCCAACACUGAGGAGAAAUCUGAGGAAGUCCAGCCCAAGACCAUGAUCCAGAAAGCCACUGAUCUUAUGGGGGCUGUUCUCACAGAGAGCACCACAGCCCGCAAAAAGAGUAUGUCUUUGGGGUCAGUGAACUACGCAGGAGAGCUAUGUGCCCAGCUUUUGAGCCAUGCCGAAACCAUGGAGAAGCACUACAAGACCCUUCAAACGGCAGUCAGUGCAAACCUGGAUGAUGAUGACUUCUACCAGAGAUGCUUCAAAAAGGUUGAGAAGGAUCGCGCGUGGUUUGUCACAGCAGAGGCAGCAGCAGACUCUAUUCUCAGCGGACUGAAGCGUGCCAACAGGAAGAGGAACGAUGAGGGCAACAAGCGCCCCAGGCCACUGAAACGACGAAAGAUCAAUGAGAUGGUAUGGAGCUAUAGUGUGGAGCAACUGCUGGAUAUGGUUGGCCGUGGUCGUAUCGAUAUCGCUUGUGCUACUGACAUAGCUAGAGCUGUGCUCCAGGUGAAUGGCAUCAGGGAAGCUACGGUAACCUGCAGUUGCUUGUUGCCGCAUGAGGUGAUCCACGCACUUGCCACAUGUGAUGCCAAGAUGGUGAAGCUUGGAGUCAGCAAAAUUGUGGCAGAACUCUGCGCGUGGAGUCUGAAACAUUCAGCUUCUGGUGUGGCCCCAAAGGUUGGGUUUUAUGGGGAACAGUUCCCAACAAAAACCUGGCGGAGUGAGAUUUCAGGAAAACCCCUUGCAUUAGGCUAUCGGACACUUGCAUUCUUUCAAGAGUUUUUCAAUCUUUUGCUAUGGGGGCUUGUUUCAUUUGUGUUUUAUGCCAUGCAUGUGGUUCGCAACAGCACCACUGAGGGCAACCUACUUUUGUUGGAAAUCCGAUCUGAAGGCCCGCAUGGAGGUCCACAAUUUUGA